UUGAUCAUGGCCUCCUUUGAUACGUCUGCUAAUUUUAACAUAAUUUGUGAAGACCUGGAUUUGGACAAAUUGCUUCAGGAUUUAAAAGAAAACAACUUUGAAAUAGAGCCCAAACAAUGAUGAGGGAAAUGUAAAUGUUGAAAAUUUCAUUGAGGGUCAGAAGAAGAAAAACACUAAACUAUCAACGGAGCGAGAUGUAAGAAACUUUCAAAGAUGGUUGAUAGAACACAAAAACGAGCACAGAUUAAUUCAGGAUGUUGAAGUCCAAGUCCUUAACGAGUAUUUAUCAGAAAUGUAUAUCAGUAUACGUAAAAGUGACGGAAGCAAUUACGAGCCUUCAUCGCUAGAGGCAAUGAAAAACAGCAUUGAGCGGCACUUGAAAGAUCAUGCAUAUCCUGUAUCUUUGCGAGACAGAUUUUUUCAUAAAUCUAACAAAGCUUUAGCAGCAAAGAAACAGCAACUGAAGUCCAUCGGGAAAGGUAGAAACAGUUACGCUAGCGAAGCUUUGACAGAGGAUGACGAAAAUGCCCUUCUAACAUCUGGGGAAAUAAGUUUUGAGAACCCUUCUUCCCUACAAUUUAGAGUGUUCUAUUAUUUUGGGAAAUACUUUGCAUUAAGAGGCCGAGAUGAACAAAGAAAGCUUAAAUUUGGCGAUGUUCAAGAAAAAAAAGACGGUUCUGGAAAUAACUACCUAGAAGUUCAAAAACAAUGGACGGAACCGGAAAAAAAGACUACAGAAUGACCACCCCCAGAAUAUUUUCUCCCAAUUCCGGACCCCCUGAGAAGGACUCCAUUGCUCUCUAUCGCGAAUUUGUUAGACGUCGUCCGGAGGAAGCAAAAAGUGAGGAAAGUCCGAUGUAUCUUACACCCAUCCCAAUGAAAAGACUUCUAGACAGUUCACUAAUAUGGUAUUAUCCGAGACCCAUGGGAAAGAACACACUGGGAACUCUAGUUAAGAAUGCUGCAAUUAAAGCCGGGUUGGAGGGGAAAUUGACAAAUCACUCUCUCCGAAAAUCAACAGUAACAGCGCUAUCUAAAGCGGGUGUCGCACCUCACAAAAUUCAGCAAAUUACCGGACACAAAAGUCUACAGUCCAUUGCUGUGUAUGAUUCCAAGUUAACAAUCCAAGAACAGAAACAAAUGUGUUCAAUUCUGUCCAAUGAAAAUGGGAAAUGUUCCUAAAAACGUGCAUGUGCCACUGCAUCUCAAUCCGAGGCUGAAAGCGAAACCGCCAUUGUGCCAAAUCCAGAAAUCCUUCGAGAAUCAUCCACUAAUUAUAUCACAAAUACACAAAAUGAACAAAGAAACACUUUAAAUGCUUCCGAUAACUUUAGUGAUAUGUUUCGUGGCGCAGUUAUUACUAAUCUCACGAUUAACUUUCACAAGUGAGCACCCAUCCGUCCUCUUUGCUUCCGUUCACAGUUCUGAAAUUGUGCGUUGCUUUUAUCACGCCCACAAAUUACUACGCCGUUAACUUUCAAAUUUUUUGUGUUUUCAACUUUUACUCAGUUAAACCAAUAAAGAAAUUGUUAACAAUAA